UUCUUUUGAAAAUAUUGUUACUGGCUUCUGCCAAGAAAUAGGCAUCAGUGGCAAUCACCUAACUACUGGUCCUCUCGAUUGUCCAUCCAUUGUCAUCCAAUCCGAAAUAGUCUCUAAUCACCCAGAGUCGCGUGCAUUAGAACACAAAAAUAAGCAACGUAAUCCCAGUACCGGCUAUUGUAAUCCCAUCGCAAGCCAUGAAGCACCUCGUGACGCUACUAGUUUUGAUUGCCCUGCCAGCGCGCGCCGUGUCCGUUCCCGGCGCCGGCGUCGUGGCGCUGCUCACGCACGCCGACUCCGGCCGGGGCCUCGCAAAGCCCGAGCUCGUGCGGCGCAUGGCGCACCGCACCAGGGCGCGCCGGCGGCUGCUUUCGCAAGAACACGAGCACCCGGUGCGCGCGGGGGUGCGCGCCGACCUCGGCGCCGGCGGCGGGAUCGUGACGAACGAAUACCUGGUGCACCUGGCCGUCGGCACACCGCCGCGGCCCGUGGCGCUCACGCUCGACACCGGCAGCGACCUCGUCUGGACACAGUGCGCGCCCUGCCUCGACUGCUUCGACCAGGGGCUCCCGUUGCUGGACCCCGCCGGGUCCUCCACCUACGCCGCGCUCCCCUGCGGCGCGCCCCGGUGCCGCGCGCUCCCGUUCACGUCGUGCGGCGGCCGCAGCGGGGGGAACCGGAGCUGCGCGUACGUCUACCACUACGGCGACAAGUCGCUCACCGUCGGCCAGCUCGCCACCGACCGCUUCACCUUCGGACCCGGCGACAAUCCCGAUAGCCUCUCCACGCGGCGCUUGACCUUCGGCUGCGGCCACUUCAACAAGGGCGUCUUCCAGGCCAACGAGACCGGCAUUGCCGGCUUCGGCCGGGGUCGGUGGUCGCUUCCGUCCCAGCUCAACGUCACAAGCUUCUCCUACUGCUUCACCUCCAUGUUCGAGUCCAAGAGCAGCCUCGUCACUCUCGGUGCGCCAGCCGAACUCUACAGCCACGCGCACAGCGGCGAGGUCCGGACCACCCCGCUCAUCAAGAAUCCCUCGCAGCCGUCGCUCUACUUCCUAUCGCUGAAGGGCAUCUCUGUGGGCUCAACGCGGCUGCCGGUGCCGGAGUCGCGGUUCCGGUCGACGAUCAUCGACUCCGGCGCGUCGAUCACGACGCUGCCUGAGGACGUGUACGAGGCGGUGAAGGCGGAGUUCGUGGCCCAGGUCGGGCUGCCGCUCCGCGGCGUGGAGGGUUCGGCGCUGGACCUCUGCUUCGCGCUGCCCGUGACGGCGUUCUGGCGUCGGCCCGCCGUGCCGGCGCUGACGCUGCACCUCGAGGGCGCCGACUGGGAGCUGCCGCGCGCCAAUUACGUGUUCAAGGACUAUGGCGCGCGCGUGAUGUGCGUCGUGCUCGACGCGGCGCCCGGGGAGCAGACCGUCAUCGGCAACUUCCAGCAGCAGAACACGCACGUCGUGUACGACCUCCAGAACGAUCUGCUGUCCUUCGCGCCGGCCCGGUGCGACAGGCUCGUAGCUUCAUUGUAGUGUUCGUGUACAUAGAAACGGUAGAAUAUAGAUCUGUCUCGAUCUUUUAGUGUUUGGUUUUACUGAAAUAGGUCUUUUAACUGUUUGAGAUUGAUUAUAUUUCUCAGAGGUUUUAGCAUAUAAAUACAGGAGUGAAACUCUCAUUGUAGA